AUGCCAUCCUUAUUCGUUUUUGUUGCCCUGAUUCUUGUACUAACCAAUGCUUAAUCAAGUGAGAAAAAAUUGAACAAUAAAGGUUACAAUUAUCUCCAUAAUAUAGAAUAAAGUGAGGAUCUCAUAAAAAGUACAAAUAUUUUCAAUUCUUGCAUUAUUGUCUCUUACAAUUAUUUAAUACAAGAGGAUACCAAAAUUGAGAAUGAAUUAAAUAAAAUCAUGAUGAGUUAUGAGGAGAUUUAGGAUUUAGAAUAAAAAAUUGCACAGCAAUAUGUUGCAUCUAAAAGAAUCAAACUUGAUGCAGUAAAACAAUGUGUAAAUAAACAGACAGUUGAUGGAGCAUAAAAAGUGAGAAUAUCUAUUUAUUAAGUAGAUAUUAUCAGAAUUGUAAAAUAGAAGAUUUGAUGCUAAAAACUAUUAUCACCUGAUGAGUGGAUUCGAAUUAAAGAAAUACUUUGAUAGAUAAGUUGAAUACAAAUUCACUAAAGAUGAUGAUAUUCUUUCUGAUAUGAUUGAAGUAUCACGAGUUUUCUAUUUAAUAGGAAUUUCUGACCAAGUUGAAAGAAGCUCAGGGAAUUGAAGAGUAUGGAUUUAAUGAUUUAUACCCUCAAAUGAAAGAUAAUGAAUUGAAAACUAAAAUCUUUGGAGUAGCUCUCGAAUCGUCAUGGCUUUCAUAUAUGAUUUUCUUUUCAGUUGCUUUUGUAAUCAUUUUGAUAAUGAAAUUUGGUACAUCCUUAUUCCAUAUUAAAUAGCUUACAGCACUCUUUAGGAUUCACAAUAAACCAAUUCAAAAAAGCAAAAAAAAUAAAAAAAAUGA